AAAGCAAGCACGCACGCGUUAACAGCUACUAAUUUUGGUGACAGAAAAAGUGGAAGGUCGUCUAUUUUUUUCUUAGCCCAGACAACUUUUUUAAAAAGAUGACGGAUUUGGAGUCACCUAAGAAGAAUAAUGACUGCUAUUUUUACUAUUACUCUACGUGUGCCAAGGGUGAUAGUUGCACAUUCAGACAUGAACCCUCUGCUUUGGGAUGUGAGACAAUGUGUUCCUUUUGGAAAGAAGGUAAAUGCCUUAAUGUACACUGCAACUUUCGACACAUGGAACUUAGGAAAAAUCGGAAGGUAAUACCUUGCUAUUGGGAAUCUCAACCUGUAGGAUGUCUAAAGGCGCAUUGUCCAUUUCUACAUCAAAAUCCAAGACCUUCCGAUGAAGUUAGUGUGGAGAAAUCCAAUAUAUCUGCAGAGAAAUCCAAUAAUGAUAGUGAAUCUAGUGAACGCAAGGUUACUGCUGUUGACAGUCUAGUUGUGAAUUUUGAGGAAGAAUCUGACAAUGAAUCAAUGCCAACAUUUUCUCCAUUAAAAAGCGGAAGGAUAGUGAAAGUUAAAAGUUUAGAGGAAAUUAAACUCGAGAAAAUACAGGCAGAGUCGGCUGCUUAUUAUUCAUAUUCUGAUCAAUAUCCAGCUUUUCAGCAUACCGAUAUCAAUUGUGACGACUUAAGACAGCGCAUAGUUCGAAGAGUUAUCUCCAAACAACUUCCGCAACAAAGAACCGUUAAGUUUACAGCAAAUCCUAAUGAUAAAGUACAAAUAAACAAACGCUUAAGUAACGACGAAUUGGCAGAUAUCUUAGGUGACGAAUCGUUAAGAAAAAAACAGAAAGUUAUUCAUCAGAAGGAUGAUGGAAACUUCCAAAUCGUUUUAAAUAAGUUACCAGUACCUGAAAAUAAGCCAAUGGCUGUUUCACAUAAUGAAUCUCAAGAUAAAAAACCGAAGAAGAAUGUAUCGCAUCAGAAGCCCGAACCUGUACAAGACAUCAAAGUAAAAACUUUAGCUGAAAUACGUGCGGAAAGACUUGCACGAAUGGAGGGUUUUCCUGGAGACCAAAAAAUGACGAUCGAGGAACCAGACGAAGCAGAAGUCUCAAGCACAAGUGCAGAUGAAAAUUUACAGAAAAUUUUACAUGAAGAUAAAAGUAAAAGCCAAUUAAACAGCGGUCCGAAAAGGAAAAUAAAAUUACGUAGAAGAUUAAAUAUCAGUGAGGAAGAUAUGGUUUCAACUAAUGUUAAAGAUGAAAAUGUAGUGACAAGUAAUGAGGAGAAUGUACCGAUUUCUAGAGAUUAUGAAGAAAUUUUUGUAUCAGAACAGAUUGAUAUUUCUGAUAAGCAACUGAGAGAAUCCCCAUAUAGUAGUAACUUGACGUUGACAAAACCCUCAACCUCUGACUCCGAUAAAAUGGAGGAGGACGUUCUUUUACUGGAAGACGACGAAGAAGAAUAUGAAGAUGUUACCUUAAAAGGUGAAGAUGAAUUGUUAAAUGAAUUAAAUUCGUUUAUUGAUAACUGAUUAUAUAUUUUUGCAUUUUUAGU